AUGGAUCCGCUAUUAUUUCAAUUCACCCUUGACAUUCCACCGCGAACGAAAAUUUGUGUUCCGCACGAGCAAGAAGUAGUCGAGAAGCCUUUUGACGUGGCUUUGAUUACCGGAGAUGGGAAGAAACUCGGAGCUCACAGAAGUGUUCUGUCAGAGGCAAGCCCCUUCUUUGAAAAACUGCUGGGUAGUGACAUGAAAGAGGCCAAAGAGGGAGUAGUUAGGAUGGAAAUGAUCACAGAGCUUGGUUUAAGAGAGGUUUUGGAAUUCAUUUACACCGGUAGUGUUCAAAUUUCGGCUGAAGACAAUGCCCAAGACCUAAUCGCGCUAGCUGACUACCUGAUACUUCCUCAUCUUAAGGACCUCGCCGCAAGAACUCUGCAAAGGAACUUAAAUUCUUCGAACUCAAUCUCAAUGUACUACUUGGCAGAGAAGUUUAGAUGUGAGGACUUGAUGUCCAACACCAGGGAUUUUAUCCUAGCAAAUUUUACUUCGGUGACGAAAUCUGAAGAGUUUUUCAACCUGUCGUACGAGGAAGUCAAAAUGUGGAUCUCAAGAGACGACAUACACGUUGACUGCGAGGAUGACGUCUUCAUCGUCAUCGUAGCGUGGAUUUAUCACAACAAACAGGACCGAAGAAAAAACUUUUCCGAGUUGUUUCGUGAAGUUCGACUUCUUUACACGUCACGUGAUUUCCUACAAAAUGGCAUCGCUUCAGGUGAUCUUGUGAUUGACGACGAAUCCUGCAUGUAUCUCGUAACGGAAACUUUGAAAUUCUUUGACUCCAGAGAAUAUCGCAAUCGUCCGCUCGGCCACGUUAAGCCUAGAGUGUUGCUUGAAGUCCCUGUUUUACUAUUCUUUUUCAUAGACAUCACCAAUGAAAAGUAUCUGGCACCACUUCACUAUAAACCUCGCGAGAACACAACCCAUAAGGGUCAUAUUGUUUGUUAUUUCCCUCAAGACAAGGAAUGGUCAAUUUUUCCUGGAGUGCCGCUAAUAAAAAAUUCAGUUCGGAUCGUCUCUUGUCUUGGUAAACUAUAUUUCGCGUCAGAGUUUCCGAACAACGAGCUAAUAUGCUACGAUUCACUCACAAACUAUUGGACAUCAUUGCCAUUCGAUGGGCGAAGAAAACUACAUUCGAUCUUCUCUAAUAAUCAAGAUGAAAACUUCGCUCUAAUGUCUGACAAUGAAAGCUCUUGCCCAGACUGCGUUUUCCUGUUCUUUCGUGGAAUUGACUCGCACUGUCGAAAAAGCCAUCUUUCUUAUAUCAAAAAGUACAGUCCAGAAUCUAACUCUUGGGACACUGUGGCAACAUUUGACCUGGCCUCGAGGAAACUAGUUUGCACCGUAGCAAAAGACAAUUUUAUCUAUUUAAUUGGUGGCAGUAUUCAAGAACACGAAAGAAGUAGAAUCCUGGCUGAUGUUGACAGGUUUGAUCUCAGCACAAAUACAAUGGAAAAAGUGGCUGAUCUUAAAGUACCGAGAAGCGAUCCAUAUGGAGCUGCCGCCUACGGGGCAAUUUUCGUAAUAACUGGUGGCGUUAACGAAUCUGGUUCGAACAUAAAAUCUAGUGAAAUGUACCAGCCUACAAUAAACGAAUGGCUGUUAAUAAACGACGCGGAGAUGGCACCUUUUAUGUUAACUAGUAAAUGGUAUACGUGUGUUGAAGGCAGGGUGUAUUCUAGAGUGGACAGAAUUAUGAAAGGAAGGGUAAAGAGCAAGGCCCUGCGUUAUUAUGACCCUGAUAAGAACGAGUGGGUGGAUGAAUCAGUGAUGCCU